GUUAAUUUGUUCACAAACCUACUGUAUAUAGCUAACAACUUGGGACUAGUCUGGUGUUCAGAUACCAAAUCAUACACUAGAAAACAGCUUAUCCAUGGAUGCUUCACUGGAAAUAUUGGAUUAUGAAUCCCAGGAAAGUAUUCAAAUGGAAAAUCAGCCAGUUGAAGAAAGGACUGGAGUAUUUCUCAAGCAAUGGGAAUCUCAAGUGCGCCCAUUUAUUGAAAUGAUCGACUACCUACGGCAUAUCGGCAUUGAGAAGGACCUUGCACUGCCCUCCAUUGCAGUUGUCGGAGACCAGAGUUCUGGAAAAAGCUCUGUUUUAGAAGCACUGUCUGGCGUGGCGUUACCCAGAGGCAGCGGUAUCGUUACUCGAUGUCCACUGGAGCUGAAACUCCGGAAGCUGCAUACGGGCUCAAAUUGGACGGCUGUCAUCUCUUACCGAGAUGUGCAAGAGACAUUCAUGGAUCCUUCACAAGUUGAGGGUCAUGUCAGAAGAGCCCAAAAUGUUCUUGCUGGAGAUGGUGUUGGGAUCUGUGAUGAACUCAUCAGUUUAGAGAUCACAUCCCCUGAUGUAUGUGACCUCACCCUGAUAGAUUUACCUGGUAUAACUAGAGUACCCGUGAAAGGACAACCUGAGGAUAUUGGAGAUCAGAUUAGACGACUUAUAUUGAAAUUUAUAGAGAAGAGAGAAACCAUUAAUUUGGUUGUUGUACCCUGCAAUGUGGACAUAGCAACAACUGAGGCACUGCGGAUGGCACAGGGUGUGGAUGCUCAUGGAGCGAGAACUUUAGCAAUUCUUACAAAGCCUGAUUUGGUGGAUAAAGGAGCAGAAGCUGACAUUUUGCAGGUCAUGCAGGGCAAAGUUGUUCCUCUGAAAAAAGGUUACAUAAUGGUGCGAUGUAGGGGACAGAGUGACAUUAAUGAAAAUCUCUCCUUGAGUGAGGCCACAAAACUGGAGACAGAAUUCUUCAAGAACCACAGUCAAUUUAGCUUUCUUCUUGAAGAACAAAAAGCCACAACACGCUGCCUUGCUACCAAACUUACCAAAGAGCUGGUUAACCAUAUCAGGGCAUCAUUACCGUCCCUGACGGAGCAGAUUCAAAUCCGCUUGUCUGCUGUUAGGUUGGAACUCAAAAAUUACGGUCAAGGGCCUCCGUUAGAGCCAGAGAAGAUGAGCGCUUAUUUGAGUAGGAAAAUCCUGGAGUUCAGCGAUCAAAUUAGUGAGCUGUGUCGGGCCAGUACAACAGGAGAGGGAAACAUUUAUUCUCUUCUGCGACCUGUGUUUAAUCAAUGGGAAUCCCAUCUGAGAAUCUCCAAAGCAGAAUUUAAGGAUGAAGUGCGGGAGAUGACAGAAAACUACGAGGCACAUCGUGGGAGAGAGCUGAUAACAUUCAGUGACUACUGUGUAUACGAAACACUGAUUCAGAAGCAUGUAAAUAACCUCAGAAUGCCAGCUGUAGAGACUCUGAAGACUGUUAGGGGGAUAGUGCAAAAGGAGUUCCGAGCUCAGUGUGAGCUCUGCUUUCCAAAUUACCCUCAUCUAAGAUAUAUGAUAAUAAAUCAGAUUGAUGACAUUCAGUCAGAGCAGGAGGCAAAAGUAGAGAAAAGGAUCAUGGAGUACAUCAACAUGGAAAAACUCGUAUACACCCAGGACCCUAUUUUCACGCAGAAGAUGGUCGAUUUUCGGUUUGUUGAGCAAAGGCAGGAGUACGAGUCCAUAUGUUUAGAUACUGGAGAGAAUGCAACUUCUCCCAACAACUGUGCUGUAUUUGACACCAGAAAGCUAACUCCAGACAAAUGGAAAAUCUACUAUGAGAUUGUCUACCAGCGUUUGGCUGAUUACAUUCCCAUGUUGAUCCUGCUGUUUAUGCUGAAAGAAGCUGUUAUCAUGUUACGGGCAAACUCCAUGGAUCUGCGUAAUGGGGCUGAUGUGCCCAAACUGCUCAGUGAAGACUCAGAGUCAGGACGGAAGAGAACAGAGUUACAUCAGCGCAUGGAGCGACUACGCAUGGCCCAGGAAAGAAUCACCAUUACCAUCUGAAAUGCUACCUAAAACAUUUUUUUUCAAAUAGCCUAGUUUUAUACUCACAUUUAUGAUAUUGUGUGGAAUGCUCUUUGUUUAUCCCAUUAGUCUUGACAAUUGACUUUACAAUUAAAAUAAAAUUGAAUGGGGCAAAGAAUGUUUGUCAUUUGUUGUCAUACUGUUAACUAAUUGUUCAUUGCUCAAAUAUUAUUAAUCAGUUAAUUGGUAUAAAUAAGUCACCCAUUUAAAUAGGAAAUGCUUUUUUUUAUAAUGGAGAGAGAAAAUGUAUCUUUAACCUCUCUAAUAACACUUUAUUUUGCUUUAUACGCGCACACACGUGUUAUAAUAAACAGU